ACAAACAAACAUGACGACUUCUCCCCUUCCUUUCUUAGACACCAGCGACCCCCGUCUAAAGCUCAGGGUGGAAAACAGAAGGAGAAACAUUUUUGUAACACAGCCGGAAGACACCAGGCAUAGAGAGGAGGAAAAUGUCAAUCUCAUACCAGUUGUAACAGAGACUUCUAGCAGAGUCCUUGAGGCAGGAGUGAACACUUUGCAAAAGACCCUGGUUCUGAGGAAACAGGCUGAGUUGGAAGAGGUGGACAAACAGCUCACACUCAAAAGGCAAGAAUUUAAGAGCUGUGUGCAGGUGCUAACUCAGAGAAGAUCUGAACUGGAGAUGAAACAACAGCAGACUAAAGAGAGGGCGAUGAAAUUUGAAAAGUUUGUGGCUGAAAAUGAAGCGAAGCGACGUCAAGCGCUGAAGAAGUAUGAGGCUGCACAGGAGCAGAACAUUUUGAAGCAGAGAGAGAUCGAGGAGCUGACGACACAGCUGAAACAACUUAGAGCCAGACAGCAAGUUUUAAAGGAGAGGAUGGCAAAAUACAAAAUCUAUGAAGAUUACUUGAUGAAAACACUUGAUUAUCUUCCCAGCAAUUACCUUGAGAAUGGGUCUGAAUCUCUGGUUAUGCCCAUCAUUCGGCGCCAUGAGACGCUGUCCAUCACCCACCAGGAGCUGCUGCAGCGUUUGUGGCAUCUGGAGGAGGAGGUGGAUCAGGGCCAGCGACAGCUGCAGACCAUGAAGCAGGAUCACAGCAUAAAAAAACUGAUGGCCAACAAGGAACUUUCUGAACUCCAGAGUGAGUUAGAGAGCCUCAAAGAGAAGAACAAGCAGGCAGAGGUUAACCUGCUGAUGGAGCAAGGCCAGUCCAGACAGAAGGUUGAAGAAGAGGGCAGCUUACUCAUGGCCAUCAACAACCUUGCAGAGCAGUGUUAUCUGCCAGCAUAUGGACCUCUGGAAAACAUGAACGUAUUGAUGAUGAUGGACAUGGUGAAGGAGUACAUUCUAGACAAGGCAGAUACAGAGAAGAGAGCCAGGAGACUGAUGGAGUCUGGGUCUGCAGUGACGAGUAGAACCGCUCUGACAGACAAAAGAGAGAGGACAUCGAUGAAAAGCAUCGGCAGCAAAACACAAAUCAAAAGUCCAAGUAAAGUCAGCAGGAAGAGUGAGACAUUUAGUUGAUGUAGAAAUGUUAUGAUGUAUAAUGGCUUGUAGCAAUUUAAGAUUAUAAAGCAUGAAAGUUCAUUCUUGACUUUGGAACAGUAGUUUGAAAAAAAUCUUGACAGAAGGUUCAUUUACUAUUAAAAUGGAGAACAAGACAACUUUGUGUCAAUUUGGCAAAUGACAUCCACUGAUGAAGCUCUGGUAGAAGUUAUAGGAAAUAGACUUUGUAUUAAGAUUUUUUUGUCAAACUAAUACAUGAUUGGUUUGACUGUUUUUAUAACAGAGUUUCAUUGUGUUAAUAAUGCUAUGCACUAAACUGUGCACUCAGUAGAUUAUGAAAUGAGAAAAACUGUUUUACACGAGGUAAUCAGGUUUAUUGGAGUAUCAGAACUUUGGAAAUGUUUAUUAAUGAAAUGUAACUUGUUGAAUUUUAAAAUAAAAAUAAAAUCACAAUUAAAUGAUGCUGUGAGACCAACUAAUUCUCAUCAAAACAAUGUGAAUACAGCAACGUGCAAUUGCAGAGAGACUCAGGCUUUUCUACUCUGUCUCUUCAUUAAUCAGGAAGGACUGUCUGGACUAUGGACUGUCUGACCCCAGCCUGACCUUGAGGAGGGCUAAAUUUACCCAACAAUUGUACCAAAGUACAAU